AGUUAUCAAGUCUGAUUUCCGACAGCAGCAGUUUUAAUAUGGGAGUAACCUGCAGGAAGGAUGCCGUUUCGAUCAGGUCCUCCAGUGUUUCGUUGGAAACUUGAACUUUAGAGGUGUUUAUGAACUCCAGCACCAGCUCCAGACCGGGUGCGCUCAGUCCCUGCAGCUGCACCGAAUCCUCUGCCGACUCCCGCAUCCCUGAGCUGUACAGCGCACGGAAACUCGCAUGCGGGGACGUUGAAGGAAGAAUAAAUGCUUUAUUCAACCGGGUGAACGCCAUUCAGAGAAAGAGCGGGCAAUUUGAUUUGCUUCUGUGUGUUGGUGACUUUUUCGGAACCUCCUCUGAGGCUGAAGCAGAAUGGGAGACAUACACAUCUGGUGCAAAAAAGGCACCCAUCCACACUUACAUUCUCGGGGCAGCCAGCCAGGAAACCGUAAAAUAUUAUCCAAGUCCAGAUGGCUCCGAGCUGGCAGAAAACAUCAUUUGCUUGGGUCGAAGGGGCAUAUUCACAGGGGCAUCGGGGCUUCAGAUUGCUUAUGUCAGUGGCAGAGAAGCUCAACAGGAACCUGCCCCCUCGCACUGCUUCACUCCUAAAGACAUGGGUGCCCUGGUCACUCCGCUGCUGUCUAACUCAAAGUUUCGAGGAGUGGACAUUCUUCUGACCUCACAGUGGCCUCGAGGCGUGUGGCAGUAUGGAAACAGUCCCGAAGUUGAUGCAAAGUGUUGUGGGGUUUCGUCCAUUGCAGAACUUGCUGACAAGCUCAAGCCCCGCUACCAUUUUGCAGGACUGGAAGGGGUACAUUACGAGAGGCUACCUUACAGGAACCAUGUGGUCCUUCAAGAGAAUGCACAACAUGUCAGCAGAUUCAUCGCACUGGCAACCGUCAACAAUCCUGCCAAGAAAAAGUACUUGUAUGCCUUUAACAUAGUCCCAAUGAAAACCAUGGACCCCACCGAGUUAGUCAAACAGCCACAGGAUGUCACGGAGAAUCCCUACAGGAAACCUAUGAAAGAUGGGAAGAAAGAAAAGCCGCCCCCCUUUGUGCCUGAGCCAGAGGAGGAACCAGCUACACAGUUCUUUUUCGACAUGGGUGAGAAGAAACCGCAUCACCAGCAGAGUCAUUGCAGAAAGAGACACUCGGAUGGAGACAGGUCCAGUCAACACAAACAGCCCCGCAAACCGCCACAGCCCACUGGACCCUGUUGGUUCUGCCUCGCCAGUCCAGAAGUUGAGAAGCACUUGGUCAUAAGCAUCGGAACGCACUGCUACAUGGCUCUGGCUAAGGGCGGCCUUACUCCGGACCAUGUUCUUUUGCUGCCCAUCGGGCAUUACCAGUCAGUGGUGGAUUUGGCAUCUGAGGUGGUUGAAGAAAUGGAGAAAUACAAGACUGCUGUCAAGAAGUUCUGCAAAAGCAAGGGCUGUCGGUGCGUCCUCUUUGAGAGGAACUACCGCAGUCAGCACCUUCAACUACAGGUUGUGCUGGUACCCAUGGAGAAGUGCAGUACGGAAGACAUCAAAGAGGCGUUUAUGACACAGGCUGAAGAGCAGCAGAUGGAGCUGAUGGAGAUUCCACCUCACACAGACCUCAAGCAGAUCGCUCCUCCGGGAACGCCGUACUUUUACGUGGAGCUGGAUUCAGGCGAGAAGCUGUUUUAUAGAAUAAAGAAAAAUUUCCCUCUGCAGUUCGGCAGGGAGGUGUUGGCGAGCGAGGCGGUGUUGAACAUCCCUAUGCGUGCUGACUGGAGAGAAUGUAAAUGCACGAAGGAAGAGGAAGAAGAUUUGACCAAACAAGUGCGCUCUGACUUCCAGCGCUUCGACUUUGCCCUGGAUGACUAAGGAAACAUGCUGGAUACAUUUAGCUUUUAAAUUCUGUUAAUAAACCUCACGCAUGAGGUUAUGAUGUCAGUGUACAGUGUCUACAAAUCUACGUUUUAAAUCUUUUAUGAUUUUAAAAUGUUAUGUUGGAAGUGGUGGAGUUUGUUUCGUGACUAAUUAAAGUCAUUUUUCAAGUUUGUAAUCUCAAGAGUUUUCUACUGUUUGAUAAUGUUGUAUGAGUCUUUUGAUGGUGUGUGUGAAUGACCUUGUUUUUAGACUAGGACUGAGCUGAAUGUUCUGCUUUGUAGCAAAAGCAUGUGCAUUUGACGUGUGGCAUCAUAGAUGUUUUUACUGGAGUUGUUUAUGUAGACAUUACUACACAAACCAGUUGAUGAGGUUAGACAUGGUAUGUUGAGUAUCUCGUUUUGAACGUAUUAUUUUCCUGUCGAAAAGGAGAGCAAAAGUCAAUUUCGUUGUAUUGGUGUCACCAAUUUCAUAUAUAAAAU